CUUUCCACCAAGCCGACAACAAUUCCUUAGCCAAAAGAGAGUUAUUCCUCAGUAUCGAAUUGACGAGAAUCGGUCCACAGGAAUAUUUAUAACUUGGAUGGCUUCCAAUUUAUCCCCAGGAUAGCUUCGAAUAAUAUUAAACGACACGCUAAUUUUGCCCUACUGGUAUCCGCUAUAUAUUUUCAUAUUUGCAAAAUUGUGAUCGUGUUGGCGGGUGUCAGAAUAAUAAGAAAUGGAGGACGAGGCAUCGCCAUUGCCCGCGUUCGAAGCUUCUUUCUCAGUUCAACAGUUGUUAGCAGAUCGGCUGCUCGACCAAGCGUUUCCCAUUUCUGAACGCUUCCGAGCUCUCUUUUCCCUUCGCAAUCUUAAAGGUUCAAUUCCGCGCCAGGCACUUAUUGUUGCAACCAGAGAUUCUUCGAAUUUGUUGGCACACGAGGCAGCAUUUGCACUGGGACAAAUGCAAGAUGCAGAAGCAGUUCCGGCUCUCAAAGAUCUUUUGCUGGAUUACUCGAUUCAUCCUAUUGUUCGCCAUGAGGCAGCAGAGGCCCUUGGGGCUAUUGGGCUGGAUGAUUAUGUACCCCUCUUGCAGAAUAGCUUAAAGUUAGAUCCAGCACAGGAAGUGCAAGAAACAUGCGAAUUGGCACUUAAACGCAUUGAGAAAAGUAGGCAUAAAAAUGCAACUAAAGAAAUUAUCACAGAAGACAAGUCUCCUUUCCUGUCUGUCGAUCCUGCAGUGCCUGCAUCUUCUGAGACUAGCAUAGAGGAACUCAGGAAAGAGCUUUUGGAUGAAGAAAAAGGUAUGUAUGAGCGCUAUGCUGCAUUAUUUGCACUGCGAAAUCAUGGAGGAGCUGAAGCCGUUGAUGCUAUUGUUGCAGCAUUACAAGCUCAAAGUGCACUGCUUCGACAUGAGGUAGCCUAUGUAUUAGGACAAUUACAAGAUAAAGUUGCUUCUACUGCACUCACAGAAAUCUUAAAAGAUCUUAAUGAGCAUCCCAUGGUUCGGCACGAAGCUGCUGAAGCACUUGGUUCCAUAGCUGAUAACGAAAGCAUUAUGUUACUUAAAGAGUAUGAAAAAGAUCCCGAACCUAUCGUGUCACAAAGCUGUGAAGUGGCACUUAGCAUGCUCGAGUUUGAGCAAUCUGGCAAAUCAUUUGAGUUCUUGUUCCUGGAGUCACCACAGGUGCAUUAACAUCAUAGCAGACUAUCACUAACUUAUUUUCUUUAUUUAAUAAAGUAUAAACUAAUUCAAUAUUUGGUCUUUAGCUGUUAUUGCUAAUUUUCAGCAUGCUUAAAAUUGAGCUGUUCGCUUAGCAAUUAUCCUUUAGAAAAAGUUGUUAAGACUGAAUUGCAGCAAUUUUCUAUGAGUAUUUAUAAUCGAUUAUAUAACUAAUGUGGGUUUGAAAUGCUUUUCUUAGAUGAUAAAUAAAAACUAUUGUAUUAUAUAACAUUGUUACUGGUCAGAAACCAUCAAAUUGCAAGUAUUUGAUUUA